UACUUCCUCAGUCGUCUGCACUUUGUGCUGCAGUUGUUCAGCUUUUCAGGUUUAUUUUUUUAUGCAUUGCUGUGUAUUACUGUGCAUGAAUUUACUUUACCCCAAAUCAUUAAAAAAUAUUCUUCCUUCCAGGGUAUUUCUAAAUCAGUAACUAUAGUAUGAGCUUUUGACCAAGGGAAGUGGCUUUUCUUAUGCUGAUCAUUAGAAGCCACACCUAGCAGAGACAGAGUUGAGUGUAGAAAGCUGUGUAAAGUUCAGUGACAUGCAAAAAUGCCCAGGAUAAGGACUCUCCUGUUCAUAAUCAUAUGUGGUGUUUGUGUUGCUGCUGAUCUGACAGUAAAUGGCAGCGUGGGAGGGACGGUGGAGCUGCCUUCAGCCCUGGGGAGUCUGAAAGUGGAAGAUUUUCAGUCUCUGAGGUGGAAAUUUAAGAAUAUAGACAUUGCUGAAAAGUUAAGUGGUCAAACAGAAGUAAACCUUCAUGCUCAGUUCAAAAGACGACUGCAGCUGAGCCCUGAUUUCAGUCUAACAGUGAGGGAGCUGAGACUGGAGGACAGUGGGGAGUAUCAUCGUGUAGGAAGGAACAGUGUUGGUCUACAGAUUCCUACAUAUACAAUCCAGCUGCAGGUUUAUGAGAACAUAACAGUUGUAUACAUUCAAUCAAAGGUCACCUGGCUUCAAGUGAACCACAGUUGUGGGGUUCAUCUGGUGUGCAGCUCAUCAGGAAAUCCGGAAGCCUCCUUUUCUUGGACAAAAGGGACACAUACUGAGAACAGCAAGGAGAUGCACUUCUUUCUCUCUCCAGAAGAAGGUGACAUCUCCAUUACAUGCACUGCUGCCAAUGCUGUCAGUCGGAAGGCCACCAAUGUGACCAUAGGAUGCAGCCCUACAGACUGGAAGAUGUUCCUCUACAUUGGCUUAUCAGCAGCAGUUUCCCUGACUCUCAUUUCUCUGGCUGUGUACUGCUGCUGUAGAAGACAUCGAGGUCCAGCUGCAGAUGCGGAUAGGGAUGAGUCAACAGUGUAUUCUACAGUCAAUGACAGAAGUAUAAGGCAAAGCCAUGAGUCUGACAGCCAGAAUUCGCCUAUAACUCUGUAUGAAACAAUUGGGGAACAGAAUGUAAAACCACAGACGGUAUAUGACCGGGUGGAUUUCAAUCGUAGCUGUGCACCUGCUCCAUCUCCCCUGAAGAAAGUGCUUUAAAGACUGGAAACCCGACAUGUGAAUUUCACAACAUCUAUGUAAGCAUGUAUCCAUACAUCCAUGUGAACUGAAAACUGCUUCUCCUUUACAAGCUUACAAGAACCCAGAAAGUUAAAGCAGACAGAUAAGGCUGAGACAGGGGAAGCAUUUCCAAGAUGUUUAUUUAUGGUCCAUUUUAUAAAUGUAUCCGUCCAUCUUCAACCACUUAUCCUGUUGCCAAGGGCUUGGAGCCUAUCAGCACCAGAUAGAGCAAAAUACUCAUUAUGGAAUGUAAUGAUAUUUCCAAAGCAAAGCUAUACGUCAUGUUUUCACAUUUCAUUAGAAUGUUAACAACCAAAAGAGUUAUUACGCCAAGAUUCAGCAUGUACAUUCACACAGUCGAUGUUUGAUUGAAUUUCCUACCGCUUGUCACACAAACAAAUUUCAAUAUUUGAGAAAGCAUUUUUAUGAGAUGGAAAAUAGUGCAACGAAAAUCUAAAAUAUAGAAGAAAUAGCAUAAAAAAAUAAUACAAAUCAGUAUUUUUAAAGCCUUAUGAAAUUCUGUAAAAGAGUACCAUUUUACUGUAUACAUCUUUAAGAUUGUAAUUGUCAUGGACCACACCGAGGAAGCCCCGUUCACGUCACUCAGGGAUUCCCAUUCGUGUCCUCUGGGUUUCCUGAAAAGGGACUGAACUGUACACUCCCUGCCAGCUCCGGUUCUGUGGAGACUUAGUCGCGUUGCUCCUCCUUUUGUUGUGUAUCAUCCAUUGGUUGUGUAUCAUCCUUUGGUUGUGUAUCAUCCAUCGGUUGUGUAUCAUCCAUUGGUUGUGUAUCAUCCUUUGGUUGUGUAUCAUCCAUUGGUUGUGUAUCAUCCUUUGGUUGUGUAUCAUCCAUUGGUUGUGUAUCAUCCUUUUGUUGUGUAUCAUCCAUUGGUUGUGUAUCAUCCAUUGGUUGUGUAUCAUCCUUUGGUUGUGUAUCAUCCAUUGGUUGUGUAUCAUUUUUGCUGGACUCCUCCUCAGGCAGUAUCAUGUUGUUGUCCUUGAUUGUAUUCUCAUCUAUAAAUAAACAAAUUACAAACCAUAA